GCGGCAGCGGCGGCAUAGAAGCGGACCGGGAGCUAGAGGAGCUUCUGGAAAAUGUAUUCCCUUGAGAACUGCAAAGUGGGUUCAGAGGCCUAAGACCACCUAUGCUUCUUACCCCCACUGGAGAUUUGCGUGGAAUUCAAGGAGGUGCUCUUGAUGAUUUCGAUAAGGCCAAACCCUCCCCAGCACCCCCUCCUACCACCACAGCCCCUGAUGCUUCGGGGCCCCAGAAGAAAUCACCAGGAGACACUGCCAAAGAUGCCCUGUUUGCCUCCCAAGAGAAGUUCUUCAAGGAACUCUUCGACAGCGAGUUGGCUUCCCAAGCCACAGCUGAGUUCGAGAAGGCUAUGAAGGAGCUGGCUGAAGAAGAGCCCCAUCUGGUGGAGCAGUUCCAGAAGCUUUCUGAGGCAGCAGGGAGAGUGGGCAGUGACACGACCUCCCAACAAGAAUUCACUUCCUGCCUAAAGGAGACUCUGAGUGGCCUAGCCAAAAAUGCCACCGACCUUCAGAACUCAGGCAUGUCCGAGGAAGAGCUGACCAAGGCCAUGGAAGGGCUGGGAAUAGACGAGGGUGAGGGUGAUGGGAACAUCUUACCCAUCAUGCAGAGCAUCAUGCAGAACCUGCUAUCCAAGGACGUGCUCUACCCCUCACUGAAGGAGAUCACAGACAAGUACCCUGAAUGGUUACAAAGUCAUCAAGAGUCUCUCCCUGCAGAGCAGUUUGAAAAGUUUCAGGAACAGCACAGCGUCAUGGGCAAGAUCUGUGAACAGUUUGAGGCAGAGACCCCUGGCGACAGCGAGGCCACCCAAAAGGCGCGUUUCGAGACGGUGCUGGAUCUCAUGCAGCAGUUACAGGAUUUAGGCCAUCCUCCAAAAGAGCUGGCUGGGGAGAUGCCUCCUGGCCUCAACUUUGACCUGGAUGCCCUCAAUCUGUCAGGCCCACCAGGCGCCAAUGGCGAGCAGUGUGUGGUCAUGUGAAGCACCACAGCUCUCCUCCCUGCUGCGCAGCUCUGGAAGUCCUCUGGAGGCAGGAUGUCGUCUGAGCAGUAGCCUACCUCUGCUCUCUGUUGUCCCACCCAUGGUUGUGCCAUACCAGCUGGGGCUUAUGUCUUCCUUGGAAUAAGGCCCAUUCUGAAGGCCGUUUCCAUGGUUUGCUACUGGCAAAGGCCCAUUGCCUGUUGGGGGUUGGAGGAGGUAACCUUCUUCCCUCUCCUCAAAUGUUCCAGAUACAACCACACUGAUGUCCACCUUGCACCCUGGGUCUUUGUGCCUUGUCUCUCCCCACUCUCUUGGACCUAGGGAGCAAGGAAAGAGUCAUGGGACUGGAGUUCCUUUGGAAAAAGCUUUGGGGGAGUGUAUCCAAGUAGGGGUUGGGGUGGAAAAUUGGCCCAGGCUAGUGCUGGAGGUCAGUCAUCUUCCGUCUUCAGAGAGACCCUUCUGAGCUGUUAGAAGGGAGGCAGCGGGCCUUUUGCCUCUAUCCCAGCAGGGCUGAGAGAGGCUGUUCUCAAGUUCUGAGCCUGCAGUAGUUGUGUGAACUGGGGCUCCAACCAUGACCUUGCUCUGCCCCAGCCUCUCUUAUCUCUUCUUUUUCUAAAUACUGUUUUUUUUCUCCCCUUCCCCCCAUUCCACUACCCUCCCUGGCAGACACAGGAUCACAGUAUCAGGUCUAGGAGAUGAAGGUCUGUUCUUCCUCAGGUACAUGGGCCUUUGGAAGAUAUCUGAUUCUGUCCCCUGAUUCAGGGGGUUCUUAGGGAAGCGGUUAGGGCCCAGCCUGGUCUGUUAUCCUAAGUAAUUAAUAAAUGUUCUGAGUGGGACUGUGGCUGUCUUAUCAUCCAGGUUUCCUCUAAUGCCCUUCAGCUUCUGUGGCUGCAGUGUGGGUUCUUUCUGUAGGCUGUUCCAUAUUGGAGUCUCCCCCUCUCCAACUCAGUCUGCAGCAGUGUGGGCAGAGGAUCCAGCAGCCCUUUUUCCUUGUCUAGUUCGAGUGUCCUGGCUUGGGAAGCCCUUGAUUGGCAUUUAACAUGUGAUAUCAUUAAUGUUUAUGUUAGUAAUAUAUCAUUUAACUUUA